GUUCAACGAGAAGUUCCGGAGUCGCCCAUUUUCGUCAUGAAGUGCAUGGAACAUGUACGACAUUUGGAAGUCCAACUCCUUGCUGAUCAAUACGGCGAAGCAAUCAGUCUGUACGGUCGUGACUGUUCAGUUCAGCGACGACAUCAGAAAAUACUUGAAGAAGCGCCUUGUGUUGUCGCACCUAAAUCCGUUUUUGACGCCAUGGAGAGGGAUGCUAUUAGAAUGGCGAAAUUAGUGGGUUACUGUAGUACCGGCACUGUUGAAUAUCUCUACAAUCCUCGUACUCAAGAGUACUUCUUCCUAGAACUCAAUCCACGACUUCAAGUUGAGCACCCUUGUACAGAAGUUGUUUCGGGUGUCAAUCUUCCUGCAUGCCAAUUGCAGAUCGCAAUGGGAAUUCCCCUUAUUCGGAUCAAGGAUAUUCGUCAACUCUUUGGACUUACCAAUUCUACCGUUUUAUCAAUGUCCCUUAGUGAUAAUCUUCACCUCCGCCACCCACCCUCAUCACAUGUAAUUGCGGUAAGGAUUACAAGUGAAGACCCAGAUGAGGGAUUUAAACCCCAUUCGGGAGAUGUCUUCGAAUUGAAUUUCAAGAGUAGUCGCUCUGUUUGGGGCUACUUCAGUGUUGGUACUGUGGGUGGUAUUCAUGAAUUUGCGGAUUCGCAAUUCGGUCAUUGUUUCUCGGCUGAAUCGUCAAGAGAAGAGGCUAGAGAUUAUCGAAUGUCAAUGAAUAUUUGGCCUCCUGUUAAUUCUGUUUUAAUGAGGUUGAUUUUCCGUAUCCUUUCAAGGAACAUGGUCCUCGCCUUGAGAGAACUCCUUAUUCGUGGGGAUUUCCGUACCACUGUCGAAUAUCUUAUCAAGAUUCUUGAGUCCGAUGCCUAUACACGCAACGAAAUUGAUACGGAAUGGUUGGACUCUCUCAUUGCUCAAAAAGACAAAUCAGAUAAACCAGACGUGCUCAUGGGUGUAAUGUGCACAGCUCUGCACAUAGGCUAUAAUGCCCUUGAGAAGGCCACUAAGAACUUCCAUGCACACGUUGAAAGGGGCCAAUUCAUACCUACCAAUGAACUCACCAAUAUCGUAGAUGUCGUAUUGAUUGCUGACGGAGUUAGAUAUGUUCUGCAGGUUGUUCGAACAGGCAAGACCUCCUUUCAUCUGAUAACGAAUGGAGGUCUACAAUCGGCUGAAGUUAUUCGUAUGUCUGGCGAUGGAUUGCUAAUAAACCACGAAUCCUCUUCCUAUAUGACUUACUGCUUGGAAGAUGCUCAGGGUUAUCGAACUGUCAUUGACAAUCGAACUGUCGCAUUCUCCAAGGAGUGGGAUCCUUCAAUUUUGCGAUCGCCAUCUACAGGCAAACUUGUGCAAUACAUAAUUGGCGACGGUUGUCACGUUUUAGAAAACGAAAUCUAUGCCCUUGUGGAGGUAAUGAAGCUGGUUCUUGAAUUGCGAGCACCUGCUUCCGGUGUCCUUUUCCAUCUCCGAAGUGUUGGAGCCGUUCUUGAACCUGGCGCUCCUAUCGGUAGACUCCAAUUAGAUGAUCCUCAACAAAUCCAGAACCUGGAACUCUUCACCGGCCAAUUGAUUCCCGUUCAUACAAGUGGAGGUGAUUCCUGCAGUUGUUCUGACUAUGUGGCUCCAUCCAUCAGUUCUCUUUUCUAUGGAGAAGAUGCGGCUUUCUCUAGAACUGACAUCAUUUUUAACACCUCAGAAAAUAGUUCUAAUACCCUUGCGACCAUGAUUUCAGAGGGUUCGGCUGUUCAUAGAGUUUUCAAUCGAUGCUUGCGAGAACUGGAAGAAGUCCUCCUGGGAUACGUCCUUCCGGAACCCUUUUUUUCUAAAUGGCUGAAACUCAAGUUGGAUGAGCUAUUCCAGUGUUUGAGGGAUCCUAAUUUACCUCUCUUGGAGCUUGAAGAUCUAGUCGCUCAACUCUCUGGACGUUUGCCGAUAUGUGUUGAGCAGCAGCUUCGAUUGAUCGCUGCCUCUUACUCAAAUCAGCUCACUUCGGUGCUAACAAACUUCCCUUCAGAAAAAAUUCUUCGUGUAAUUAAAGCUGGUUGUCCGAAAGUCUCGAAAGCGACGGAUGCUGCAAUCGCGGCUUAUCAAGAGCUCACCUCUCGAUUGGUUGAUCUUGUCAUACGUUUUGAAAGUGGUGUUAGGGGCAAUGCGUCAAGGGUUCUUGUGAAUCUCAUUUCUGCAUAUGUUGCUGUUGAACAGCAUUAUCAACAUGGACAAUAUGACCGUUGCAUGACGCUGCUGUUUUCCCGUCAAAAGGAAUCAACCGUUGGCAUAUGCAGUUGUGGAAGUGGUGGGGGUAGCACUGGAGACCUGUCCUCAACCACUGCAGACCUUCUUUCUCACCUCUCAAGUUCCCCUAGUCUCCCCGAGUGGAUCAAAAGCUUGGCAGAUCCCACUGUUGUUGCUGAUGUGGUCGCUGUCCAUUUCUCACAUCAUCACUUAGCUGCGAAAAACGCUCUUAUUUGCGGCCUGAUUGAGAGGAGUGAGGAGAUGCGAGAAGAGUUGUUUCCAAGGCUCUCCAAGGAUCUAUUCAAUUCGGUCACCGCUCUCACUCAACUAGGACAGUCAGAAAACGCUAAAGUGGCUCUCUCGGCAAGGAAAUUCCUCAUUUCGUCCCAGUCUCCACCCUAUGAGCUUAGAAGGAACCAAGUCGAAUCGUUAAUCCUCUCUGCCAUCAGUACAUUUGGUGACAGUAAUUCAACAGCGGAGAACUUGCAACGCCUGAUCACAUCCGAGACCUCGGUGUUUGACGUUCUGCUGGAGUUUUUCUACCAUCAGAAUCCCAGUGUUGUCAAUGCAGCAUUGGAGGUUUAUGUGCGGCGGGCGUACAUCACUUAUGAGCUGACUGGUCUUCAGCAUGCUUUGAUCACACCAACUAGUGACAAGACUACCACUGCUCAUGCCAUGUUCUUCCGAUUCCUUCUUCCUAAUGCCACAAUGCAGAACAAACUCUGGAAGCGUGCAAUGCAAGUCAAGUGCGUAGCCUCAACGGAAUCCGAAUCUCCCACACCCAAAUACUAUAUUGGUAACACCGAAAGCUCUACUAGUCUUAUAGGAGAAGCCUCUACCACUUUCGGUGGUUCUGAAGCCAUCUUCGAUCUCCCUAGCGCCUCAUCUGAAGCAUGUGAUUAUGAAAUCGUUGACAUCACUCAUCACCCUGACUUGAACUCCUGGUUUAUGUCCGAUAGCAAGAUUCCCCAAUGCAUUCGUUCCUCCACAGAUCUCUUUCAUCAAGCCUCCGUGUUUGAGGGAAGUGAACAACAAGGAAGUGUUCCUCGCAACUUCUCCGUAGUUGAUAUUCCCUCUCAUGGAGUCUCAGAAGAAUGGCGAAAACACGAAAUUCACAGUCGAGAGAGGCUUGGGGCUAUUGUUGUCUUUAACUCCUUUGAACAUAUGAAGCUAUCCUUCUCGGCGUUUAUGAUCCGCUAUGAACAGAAACAAAAAAUCAUGAUGAUGGAUAGGAGAGUAGGUGGUCGACGUCAGGGCAGUUUUCCAACAAGCGCAACUUGCGUGAAUAGUGAUGUGGCUCCUCAGGGUCAUUCCUUCGGAACCGCAAAUAUGAAUGAUGAACCGCUGAAUGUAAUGAAUAUCGGGAUUAGAUGGCCACCCGAAGGGCAAGAGGAACCGAGUGAGGAGGCAACAGUGAGAUUAUUGGAAGGAUUCUGUCAGGAACAGUGCGAGAGACUGAAAUCAGUUGGUAUCCGACGUAUCACCUUCAUGCUCAUCACGCCGGGCAAAUUCCCACUCCUAUUCAACUACCGUGCACGCGACAACUACAAGGAGGAUCGAGUGUACCGAAACCUGGAGCCCGCUCUCGCUUUCCAAAUGGAAAUCAGUCGAUUACAGAACUACGACCUCGAACCCAUCCCGGUUCCUAAUCGCCGGAUGCAGAUAUACUUCGGUCAAGCUAAGAUCUCGCAAGGUCAAGGUGCAGUAGACAAUCGAUUUUUCGUCCGUAGUAUGAUCCGCCAUGCAGAUUUUGUUUCAAAGGAAUCCUCCUUUGAGUAUCUUCGCUCUGAAGCUGAGCGUACUCUCUUGGAAGCCAUGGACACACUGGAAAUGGCCUUCUCUCAUCCAAAGGCAAAUUUCACAACUGGGAACCACAUAUUCUUAAAUUUCGCACCUACACUAUUAUUGGAGGAUAUCGCUCUAUUACAGAGCACUGUUAGGAGUACAAUUUUACGAUAUGCGACGAGAUUGAUUAAAUUACGUGUCAAGCAGGCUGAAUUGAAAUUAGUGAUUCGACACAGUAAAAACGGGCCGCUUAUCCCAAUUCGACUAAUUAUCUCAAACGAACAGGGCUACAGUCUUGUGCUUGAGCUAUAUCGUGAAGUGCCUAAUCCCCGAACCGGCGCGAUCCAUCUCAUUUCCUAUGGCAAACGAAUUGGAUCUUUGCAUGGUACUCUUGCGUCAGCUCCUCAUCAAACAAAGGACUUCCUACAAUUGAAGCGCUUCCAAGCUCAGAAAUACAGCUCAACUUACGUCUAUGAUUAUCCUGUGUUAUUUGGGCACGUCCUUGAGGAAGUUUGGAACUAUUUCGGGGGCUCUCCUCCCGUUUUAUCGUCUUCUGCCGAACCUGCAAAUGAUAAAGCCCGGGAUCCUGACUCUGGAAAGAACUUUAUCACAUGCAAAGAGUUGUGCCUUAACUCUGAUGGAGAGCUUGUGCAUAUAGGAAUGGUUGUGUGGCAUAUUGUGAUUAGAACUCCAGAGUAUCCAGAAGGUCGUCCCAUGAUUGUAAUCGCCAACGAUGUUACUCAUAAUGCUGGUUCGUUUGGACCUUGCGAAGAUCUUGUCUUCUAUAGAGCUAGUGAAUUGGCACGACGACUGGGUAUUCCGAGAAUUUUCCUCGCUGCCAACACAGGUGCUCGAAUUCGCUUGGCUGAGGAGGUCAAAGCUGCUUUCAAGGUCGCAUGGGUGGACGAGACUAAUCCUGUAAUGGGCUUUAACUACCUCUAUCUGACUCCCGAAGAUUAUGAACGACUUAAAAAGGUAAACUCCGUAAACUGUGAGAAGAUCGUUGAAGCAAACGGGGAGGAACGUUAUAAGUUAGUUGACAUUAUUGGAAAGGAUUUCGACAUUUCCGCUGAAAACCUUCGUGGUUCAGCUCUAAUUGCCGGCGAGACAGCUCAAGCUUACGAAGAAUGCUUUACUCUGAGUGUUGUAACAAGCCGAACAAUCGGUAUCGGUGCUUACCUAGUUCGUCUAGGACAACGAGUUAUACAAGUUGAAAACUCCCAUAUCAUACUCACUGGUGCAAUGGCCUUGAAUAAACUUCUUGGCAGACAAGUCUAUGCUGGAAACGGCCAACUUGGAGGUGUUCAAGUCAUGGCCAACAAUGGUGUUUGCCACAUCGUUGUUCCUGAUGAAUACAAUGCUCUGAAACAAGUGGUCAAUUGGCUUUCAUUUGUUCCUAUUUCUCGUGGAGCUCGAUUACCUUUACUUAGACUACCUCAUCCUGAUCAUAUCGAUAGAAUCGUUGAGUACACACCUUCUAGGGAGCGUACAAAUGAUGACCCAAGAUGGAUGUUCACUGGAGUAAUGAGUGGUCAACUGCAAACAACUUCAAAAACUGCUCCCACAGAACCACGAACCGAUCAAACAUUUUUGUCAGGCUUCUUUGAUCGUGGCACUUGGCAGGAGGCACUAGGAGCUUGGGCCGCUGGUGUGAUUGUGGGCCGUGCAAGACUCGGAGGUAUACCCUGCGGUGUGAUCACUCCGGAAACCCGAGUCUCGGUGUGUCGAGUGCCAGCGGAUCCCGCUAACCCUGCCUCUGAGGCCCAGACUAUUAAUCAAGCAGGUCAAGUAUGGUAUCCGGACUCAUCCUAUAAAACAGCGCAAGCUAUUGCUGAUUUCGCCCGAGAGGAGAUUCCUCUCUUUGUGUUUGCGAAUUGGAGAGGCUUUUCUGGCGGACUGAAGGAUAUGUAUGAUCAGGUGCUGAAAUUCGGUGCCAUGAUCGUUGAAUCCCUCCGAACAUAUCCCGCUCCAGUGUUUGUCUACUUGCCUCCUCACGCCGAACUACGUGGAGGUGCUUGGGUAGUUAUCGAUCCGGCGAUUAAUCCCGAUUGCAUGGAGUUCUUCUGUACUCCGCGAACAUGCCGUGGUGGUGUGCUUGAACCGGAGGGCACAGUUGAAAUCAAGUACCGAACACCCGACCUCCUUGCAACUAUCAAUCGACUUGAUGAUCAGUGUGCCCAGUUAGUGGGAGAGAUCGCCGCGGCUAAAUCUGCAACUCCACAAUCGUUUAUUGCUGUGAAAGAACUGCAGGAUAAGUUAAAGAAAAGGCAACAGGAUCUGCUUCCUAUCUAUCAACAGGUUGCUCAUCACUUUGCCGAUCUUCAUGACACGCCAGGACGUCUAGUGGCACGAGGCCUUGUUCACGGUCUCGUUGAGUGGCAAUCUUCACGUGCCUUCUUCUUCGCUCGUCUAUCACGACGCCUUUUGGAACAGGAGGUCGUCAAACGUCUCCAACGCGCUUACAAUCCAACGGUUUUCCCUAAUGCGAGCUCCUCUCAUCAAGCCCUCCACGAUCCGCUUGUCUAUAGAGAAAAACCACAAUCCAAUUCCCCGGCUGUCUUGGAAAAACCUAUUCUCAGUCCUCCUGUAACCGAAAUAAGUUCAGCAACUGAUGUCACCGAAAAUCUACUAACUUCUCCAGAGCUUGCAUGCAAACUGAUCAGUGAGAUAGUCGGGGAUUUUGUUGCAAAGGAUAAUGGAAUUUACUCCAUGGCAGAAACCGAAUAA